CUAAAAGUACCAACAUCGACAUCGAUGGAGAUGAGACACAGGGACGACAGCGUAGUUAAUCGGAUGUAUUCACUCGCGUUAAAGCAUUUCAACCUUUAACUUUAACUAAUUGAUUUCUCCAGCACCACUUCACUAAAAACACCGGCACAAAAUAAAAUAAACCAAUCGGUCCAACGGUCGCGACAUUUGACGUCAGACGCCGAGAAAGUUCGUCGCGUGCUUUAAAAUCCACUAGUGAACGACGUGAUGGUCAAUGGUGGCUCGAUCUAGUCAGGAUGAAGGAAUCAGACAGAACGUGCUGUGUGGUAUGAAUGAUUGGAGAUGCUACAGGUGGCGCUGUUUCCUCAUCAACAUGAACAUCGGCUCCAAAAGUAAAAAGAGGGUGGUGCUCCCCAGUCGUCCAGACCCGCCUACUGUGGAUCAGAUCCUGGAGGAUAUUAACCAGGCUCCCGCCACUGAUGCAGUGUACAACGUCUUGGAGACGGCAGGACAAGAUUCCUCAGACUCAGACGUGGACGUAAACUUCCAACAGUGUCGUCAGUACAUGGAGUUGAACCAACGGCUUCAGGUGUCUCUGGCACGUCUACUGACGCAAAAGGAGGAGCUUCAAGCAGCAGGAACAGGUCUUGAACGGGACAUGGACAAUGUAAGACGUCAAUCACACUGACGCUGUGUGGGACAGACCUCAUAAAGGGCGGACCACAGACCUGUGUCUUCAAGCCCAUUACUGUGUAGGUGGAGCAACAAGAGAUGACAUGGGGUGUCUGAUGUCAGCAGACUGGUGACAUCACAGUUAUGACAUCACAGUGACUAAUGUGAUGAACCGACCUGGAGGAUUUAAAACAAAUAAAACAAUAACUGACCAUGGUCAUCUGA